UCCUUCCGAUCUAGGGCAUUUUCAGGUGGCGACGAGAUACGUGCUUAUCCAUUCAUCAAGAAUUUCAAUUCAAUCCAUUUUAAUGUCAUUUUACUAGCUCACGAAGAUCUAGCUACAUAUACGACGAACGGAAACCCAUAAGUUUGUUCUUCUGUCGAUUCGGCUUGAGAUUGAGAUCGAGAUCUACGCAUUCAUUGAAACGGGGGAGGAUUUGGCUGUUAAAGUCAUAUCAUUUCUAGUUGAGUUCAAUAAAAUUGUAUUAGGGUUUCAAGUUCUCAAUCUGCGGUUAUGGAUUCUGAUGCUAAGGAUUCGUCUCAAUCUGUGACGGUAGCGGUGAAUAUUAGGCCACUAGUGACAUCCGAGCUUCUUGUUGGCUGUACCGAUUGUAUAUCAGUAGUUAACGGAGAACCUCAGGUUCAAAUUGGUUCACAUACGUUCACAUUUGACUAUGUGUUUGGUAACCGUGGGUCUCCUUCUACUCAAAUAUAUGAUCAAUGUGUUGGUUCAAUUGUUGAGUCACUAUUUCAGGGGUAUAAUGGGACUGUGUUGGCGUAUGGACAGACUGGUUCGGGGAAGACAUAUACUAUGGGUACAAACUAUAAUGGAGAAGAUCAUGGUGCUGGAAUUAUCCCAAAAGUUAUGCAAACAAUAUUUUCUAAGAUAGAGACAAAGAAGAACAAAACUGAAUUUCUUAUUCGUGUAUCAUUUAUUGAGAUAUUUAAGGAAGAGGUGUUUGAUUUGUUGGAUCCAAAUACACAUACUCUUGCUCGUGGUGAUGGAGCUAAACCUUCUGGACCUUCAAGAGCUCCAAUACAAAUUAGAGAAACUACAAGUGGAGGAAUAACUCUAGCUGGUGUUACUGAGGCAGAGGUAAGAACAAAAGAAGAGAUGGCAUCGUAUCUUUUGCGUGGAUCUGCUGCUCGGGCUACUGGAAGCACGAAUAUGAACAGCCAAUCGAGUCGUUCACAUGCAAUCUUUACAAUCUCAUUGGAACAAAGAAGGACUGCUUCCUGCACGGCUGGGAUUGUUCAAGAUGACGAUAUUUUGUGUGCAAAACUUCAUUUGGUAGAUCUUGCUGGUUCUGAACGAGCAAAAAGGACCGGAGCUGAUGGAACACGAUUUCAGGAAGGUAUACACAUUAAUAAGGGAUUAUUGGCCCUUGGAAACGUAAUAAGUGCUUUAGGAGAUGAAAAGAAAAGGAAAGAAGGAGGCCAUGUUCCUUACAGGGAUAGUAAGUUAACUCGAUUGCUACAAGAUUCUCUAGGAGGUAACUGCAAGACUGUUAUGAUAGCUUGUGUAAGUCCUGCUGACACUAAUGCGGAGGAGACGUUGAACACUCUCAAGUAUGCAAAUCGUGCCCGAAACAUUCAGAAUAAAGCCAUUAUCAAUCGUGAUCCAGUGACUGCUGAGAUGCAAAAAAUGCGUAGUCAAAUCGAGCAGUUACAGACUGAGCUACUUUAUUUUCAAGGAGAUUCCGGAACUUCUUUUGAAGAGUUUCAGAUGCUGAAGAAAAGAAUCUCUUUGCUUGAAGCAAGUAACGCUAACUUAAAACGCGAAUUUCAAGAAAGUGAAAGUGCUUGUAAACGUUAUUCCCAGCUUGCUCUUGAUGCUCAGGUUGAGAAAGAUAAACUCCUUAUGAUAAUAGAAUUAGCUCGCAAUGGCAAACCUUGGGAUGAGAUUGACUCUAACUUGGAUCAGGAUGUUAAUCUACUAAAGAAUUAUGUGGGGAAGAUUCAUGAGUUGGAAACAGAGGUUCUACGCUUGCAGAAUACAAUCGAUUCAAAGCAACAAAAACAUAAUGGAGUUGACAGUUUUGAGUUGGAUGUGGACGAGAUUUGCCCCAAGAGCUUUAUGGAUAUGAACGAAUUUUCAUCUAAUCCUGAUAUUAAAAGUACUGAUAUAGAUGGUGAGGCUGAAUUUGAGGCCAAGGAACUUGAACAUUCGUCUCUUCAGGAGAAUUUGGAUAGGGAACUGAAAGAGUUGGAUCAAAAACUUGAACAAAAAGAGGCUGAGAUGAAACGAUUUGCAAAUUCUGAUACUUCAGUUAAGCAGCAUUAUGAAAAGAAAGUACACGAACUGGAGCAAGAGAAGAGGGUUCUGCAGAAUGAAAUUGACCUACUAAAGCACAGCUUUUCAAAUAUAUCAUCUAACACUGAUGAAAGCGCCCAAAGAUUAAAGGAGGACUAUCUUCAAAAGCUGAAUCUUCUUGAAGCACAGGUUGCGGAACUGAAGAAGAAACAAGAUGCUCAAGCACAACUCUUGAGGCAAAAACAAAAAAGUGAUGAUGCAGCAAAAAGAUUACAGGAUGAAAUACGCAGAAUAAAAUCUCAAAAGGUUCAAUUACAACAGAAGAUAAAGCAGGAGUCUGAGCAAUUCAGGAUUUGGAAGGCAUCUCGUGAAAAGGAAGUUCUUCAGCUAAAGAAAGAGGGAAGAAGGAAUCAGUAUGAGAUGCACAAACUCUUAGCUUUGAACCAAAGACAAAAGAUGGUCCUGCAGCGAAAAUCAGAAGAAGCUGCUAUGGCUACUAAAAGACUGAAAGACCUGUUGGAAUCUAAAAAAACUUCAUCACGCAUGUCUAUUGGCAGUGGUCCGAGUACUCAGGUGCUAAUGCAGACAAUUGAGCAUGAACUCGAGGUUGUUGUACGUGUACAUGAAGUUCGUGCUGAAUACGAGCGCCAAAUGGAAGAGCGUGCAAGAAUGGCUAAAGAGGUUGCAGAGCUGAAAGAAGCACAGAGCUUAAACCAAAUAAAUUUAAGUUAUUAUCCUCAAGCUAUGUCUCCUGGAGCAAGAAAUUCGAGGAUUUAUGCAUUGGAGAAUAUGCUUGCAACUUCAUCUCGCACCCUUGUUUCAAUGGCAUCCCAGUUAUCAGAAGCUGAAGAACGUGAGCGAGCUUUUAGCAGUAAGGGACGAUGGAAUCAAAUUCGCGCACUUCCUGAAGCUAAAACUUUAUUGAACCAUCUCUUUGACUUGGCUUCAUCCUCUAGGUGCCUGUCAAGGGAUAAAGAAGUUGAUUGCAAAGAGAAAGAUUGUGAAAUAAGAGAUCUGAAGGAGAAGAUAGUUAAAUUAGCAAGACAAAUGGAAAUGCAAAAGCUUGCCUUUAUUCGGCAAGAGAAACUGCAGAACCUGACUACGAACCAAAGCUUGAAGAGAAGUUCAAUGAACUCUGAAGCCUCAACCUUGAACGAGGAAACACAUAUACGUGAUCUACGAAAGAAGGGAGCUCGAGCCCGCAUGAAUGGAAGUAGUACUGUUGAGAUAGAGGACAUGGAUAUAAGUGAAGGAGAACAUUCUGAUAUGGACGAAGGUAGUGAUUGGGAACCAUUUAAAACCGAAAAACGAUUAAAUAAGAAACAACCCUCCAGAACUGAAAGCAAUGGCAAUAUGGGAAUUCCACUUGUUAUAAGUGAUUCAGAAGCCGAUCCAACUCCAGAUGGAACAAACUCAGAAAAACCAAAUGAAUCCGCAAUCUGCUGUACUUGUAGCAAAAGUUCUUUAUGCAAAACAGUUAGGUGUGAAUGCCGUGCUAAUAAGAAUGGCUGUCAUAGUUCUUGCAACUGUUCAGCCAACAAGUGCAAGAAUAGAGAUGAAGAGAAUGAAAAACUCCAUGAAUCUUCCAAUGAAGAGAAAGAGAGGGAUCAAGAUCUUGCUUCCCAGGGUGCAAUGCUGCUUGAAAGUGCAAUGAAGGAUCAUAAGAUAACUGACAUAGCUGAUGCUAAUGUAUCGAAAAGGAAACCUUUGUCUGACAUUGGAAACACAGCUAAACCUUCUAUGAAAAAGAAGUGGAAAAGAUCAUCAAUUCAACUUAUUCCCAUGGGGCCACCUACCGAGCAAGGAAGUGCAGAAAUAACAGAAAAACACGAGAGUUCUAGCAAUGCACCGAACAUUCCUCCUCAAUUGCCUAGACCUACAUCAAAUGUUGUUUCAAACAGUAAUAACCCUUUAAGGGUUAGGAAUUCCAAACCACAUGGCAAUAUUCCUAUUAGUGGUGGUGGUAACAAGGAGGCUGACCCUCCAGCUCCAAAGAGCCCAAAGAAACAACAAAGAACCAUCGAUGAGAAAGAGAAUCAAGGCCUGUGAUGAUUAUUAGAUUGAUCGUUUGUAGAUUUCAAUUAUGUUGAAGAAUGAUCAUUGGAUUAAGGUUUUCAAUUGUGUAGUUUUGAUGCUGAUAUUUUAAAACAAUUGUUUCAAUAUGACAGUUACCUAUUUUAACUGUGAUGGUUAGAGUUUGUGUAAUUUUAUGAGCUACUCAAGAAGUUUUCUAACUGAUUUUUUUGUUGGGUUCAUCAUAAUAUGACCAAACU